AUGAGUGAGGCUCGACCCAAGUCACAAUCACCGACACCGGAACCGCCCGAGGCUAAACAGAGGAAGCCUCAGCUGGAAGAGGAGUUUCAAAAGCAAAAAACACAAUACUGGACUGAUGGUCCCGCCGUCACCGAGCGGGGGUGGCAACUACCACCAGACCCCGACACUUUCACCUGGGACCUUUCGCUAAAACCAAACCGCAACCGGUUGAUCCAAGCAUUGGAGUAUACUUAUUUUAAUCGUGACUAUGAGCUUUGUUUACGAUUAGUGACACGUGGUCAACAGCUCUUCGCCGAGGUGAAAGACGAUAAACUGACCCGCAAACAAAGACAAGAAGUCGACGACGUCGGCGCUAAGUGUCGCUCAAAACUAGGCAUAAAUUAG